AUGGGGCCCCCGUGCAAUAGGGGAUCAUGGGGCCCCUGGGUCCUAGCCCAAACUCAAAAAAACCUAUGAAAAAGGUACCAGGGGCAUCUCAUGGGGCCCCCUACUGACUCGGGCCCUCGGGCAGUGCCCGAAUUUCCAAAUGGUCAGUCUGCCCCUGUCUGCCCCUGUCUGCUACUUAUUCAGUAUGUAUUGCUAUUACUCUUAGCUUUGGACUCGUGUUCUCUAUAAAGGGGAUUUUUCUGAGGAAGUUUGGUUAUUUCCUGGUUGGUGUAUGCAUUUAG